CCCCAGCGGCAGAGUUGGAAGGACGCGUGUGCGUGCGUGCGGCGGCGCUCGGCGCGCUCGGCACCGCUGUGCUCUCCUCCGCGCUGAACGGAGGCCGCUUCGCCGAGAGCAGCAGCAGCAGCAGCAGCCGGCCUCCCUGCUGGUGUGCUAGGAUGUGAUGCCGCCGCGUCGGCCGCUCCCUGCGCCUGCCUGGCUCCUCGGCCUGGCGCUGGCCGCGGCUGCGACGUCGGCGGCCCGGUCGCCGAACACCGCGUGGUGCCCCGUGGCCGAGUGCACGUGUUCGGGGACGCAGCGGAGCGCCCUGCGCGUCGACUGCUCCUCGCUCGAACUGGCCCGCGUGCCGCCGGUGUUGUCGCAGGAGGCCGGUAACGGGACUAGCACGCCGCCGGCGCAGCUGCAAGUCAUCAGCCUAGAUCUGAGCCGAAACAACUUGACGUCCCUCGACGUGGCCGCUUUCGCCGACUUCCCGGGCCUGAGAGAACUGCAUCUCGAGCACAACGGUUUGGAGUGGCUUCCAGACGACACGUUCAAGGGCGCUGAUGGCAUCACGUUCCUAUCACUGGAGGGCAACAACUUCACGAAGAUUCCAUGGGAGGCACUCAGAGAACUGCCUCUACUGGAAACAUUGUAAGCUUCGGGAACUCACGCGCCUCUUGCAGCCUCGUUAACUCUCUUA